CGCUUAGAGUAAAACAAAGUAAAGUUUCAGUUUUAAUGAAUUUAAGUUUUAUAGUAUUCGUGUGAUUAUUUAAAAAUACUUCACUUAUUGAGCAAAUUUAAUAGCAGCAUUAUCAAGAUAAAUAUCUUUCACUGUGUUAUUUAAAAAAAGAGGAAAAUGAACACAUCAGUAUUAGUUUUGUUCGCUCUUACUCUAUUGGUCGGUUAUUUGCAAGCUGUAGAUGCAGUCACCCCUGCUGCCGGUACGUCUAGCGCUACCGACAACACACCUUCUACGACAACUACGACACCCAGCACCACAACAACACCUACCACUACAACAAAUAGCACUUCCUCAACAACCAAUACAUCAUCAAAUACGACCUCACAUGAAGUGACGACUAAAAAUGGAGGAAACGCUAAACCAGCAAAUACGUAUAUGCUGCAGCUAACUGGACUUGUUCUGUUUACAAAUGUAUAUAGGUACCUGCCAUAGUAUGGAGAUUGUCACUACCAGUUUAGUAAAAACUAAAAUGAAGUGAUAUAGGCCUAUAUAUAUAUAUAUAUAUAUAUAUAUAUAUAUAUAUAUAUAUAUAUAUAUAUAUAUAUAUAUAUAUAUAUGUGUGUGUGUGUGUGUGUGUGUGAGAGUGUAUGUAUUUGUGUGUGUGUGCUUGCGUGUGUUUCUUGUGUUUACAGGGUAAAUAUUACAUGCAAAUCAUUUUGAUUCAUAAAGAUUUUCUAUAGCACAGUUCAUGUUGAUGUUAUGUUUAUUGAUUUUAUUACAAGCAUUUAUUUGGUUACGCAUAUUUAUUUUAUCUCUCGUAAAGUCUUCUGAAUAAUCAUGAUACCAUUUUUUUUCAUUAUUUUCGUUUAAAUAUAUCUAAUAAGUUAUGAUUUGUGAUGUUUUAUGACGGCUUUUUUGGUUUGAU